AGUUGGGGAGGAGGAGUGCAAGAGAGGGAAUAAACAACCCUGGCCAUGAUGCCGGUGGUGGCAUUACGUCGAUGGUGGGAAGAGAAGCCAGGAAGGGUAUAAAUAGGCAGGUGGUCCAGUCUGGUGACAGAUGCAAACUACUGGAGGCAGCAGCAGCAGCAAGCCUUGCAAGACCACCAUCACCAUCAUGCCUGCAACAUCCACCCCAGUUUACUUCUUCUGCCUCCUUGCCUUUGCUUCAGCUUGCUACAUCCAGAACUGUCCUCGAGGAGGGAAGAGAGCAUACCCAGACACCGAGAUCCGACAGUGUAUUCCUUGUGGCCCUGGAAACAAGGGGAACUGCUUUGGCCCCAGCAUCUGCUGCGGAGAGGAGCUGGGCUGUUACUUUGGCACCUCCGAAACCCUGCGUUGCCUGGAAGAGAAUUACCUGCCUUCUCCUUGUGAGACUGGAGGGAGACCUUGCGGCGCAGGUGGGAGAUGCGCUGCAUCCGGCAUUUGCUGCAAUGAUGAGAGCUGCACCGCUGAUGCCGCCUGCGUGGAUGAGAACGGUGAAAGAAGUCGGGGAUCCUCUGAAAAGAACCUGACAGUGAUGGACAGCUCAACUGGAGACCUGCUCCUCAAACUGAUGCACAUGGCAAAUGCAAACAGGCAACAACAGCAGGGCAAACAGCAGUUUUACUGAGGCUACUAAUGCAGAGUUGGUCUGGAAUGGCUUGUUAUAGUUCUUUCGCAUUUCUCCAUGCCCUCUGAAAAAGAAAUAGAAGGAGGUAUCAGUGAUAUAAAGAAGGAACCAUUUGUGAGUAAAAUGUAAAUACACAGCAAAUAAUAAAAGUCUGUU